GACUCGCCCACUCUUCUUCUUAACUCUGUCGCAACAUCUCGUCGAAACUUGUACCACAUGCUCCAAACACCACGGUUGCGCGAUCUCGGCAACCUCGAGCGCUGGGCAGUGGCUCGACAGCUGAGCAAGGUGUACUCGAGCUUCUCAAUGUGCGGGGAGGUCGAGCUGGACGAAACCGCAUUGCUCCGGCGUGAACCAUCCACCGAUGAUGCCGCAUCCGCUCGCACUGUUGCCAUCCAGCAGGCCGUUCGCACAGGAAUUCGCAGCAUCUGCAACAUACACCCGAUGCUCAACAUGGCGUUGGUGGAUGCAGCAGGCGUGCCGCCGGGAUUUGUUGCUCUGCCGGACGCGGCGGAACUCGUUCCAUGCGACGUGCAUUGCUCGUCCCUCCACAGCGGCAGGAACAGCACAGUUGCCACUGCGCCAGGCAACCCCGAGACCGAUGCUAGUGGUCGGUUUACUACUGCUACAGCUGCAGCUACAGCAGCAGUCUCGUCGUCGUUGUCGUCGACGACCACAGGAUUGUCAGUGGAAACCACACCGGCACAAUUCCCACCGCUGCUGUCCACCCUGAACCACGAUGCGCCCUUGUGGCUGACGCUGCUGCGCAACGAAGGCGCCAAUAGCUUCAAGAUGCACGACCCGACCUUGCCGCUGUGGCGCGUUAUUGUCACGGUGGACGACGAUGCCGCUCCGCCGUCGUCCAAAGUUGCCUGCGUGGCAGAAGAAAGCUCCGCAUCUGAGAGUCAUCGGGUGGUUCGCUGCCACGUCAUCGUCACGUUUCACCACACGAUUGCCGACGGGCUUUCUGGCGUUAUUGUCAUGCGAGAUCUGAUGGAUGCCGUUGCUGCGUACUUGGAAGGCGGAGUACAUCCCGCAACCACUGCCGAUCCAGUUUCGCAGCCUGCACUGCAACCGCUCCCAAGCGUGGACAGCCUCGUUGACAUUACACCAACAGCGUACACGCUGGUUUCUGCAGUCGUACAGAAGCUGCUGCUGCCUCGAGUCAUUCAACAGUGGCUGUUUGCGCCCAACUUUUACGUUGGCGAGCAGCGGCUCGAGUUGGAGCAGCUCCGCAAUCCUCCCCAGCACCAGCUGACGCUGGCUGCCAUCCCGCCGGAGCUCACCAAGCAACUCGUCAAUGCUGCACGCCAGCACAACACGACCGUCCACGCCGUGGUCAUGACCGCAGCCAACUUUGCGUUUUACGGCUCGCGUGAGCAAAGCCACACUGCAGCUGCCGCUGCUCCCUUGACAACCCAGAUCGGCAGUGCAUCGUCGCUUCGCAACGAUUCUUCCAGCGUGUCUCGGCUGCCUGCGGGGUUUGACUUUGCCAACGCAGUCGGGUAUUUUGUGUGCGGAAUCGAGACCCGCCACACCACCUUGCCACAGUCCUCGUUUUGGACCGAAGCGCAGUCUGCGAGGGCCGAGCUUACCAAGGGCCUGCAUCCGGCCAAGCAGACUCUGGGCCUGCUCGGAUUCCUGAAAGGCGAUUGGACGGACUACAUCGAGUCGCACAUGACUGUGAUGCCAAACGGAAAGGCCAGCACGUGCAGCAUCUCCAACCUCGGCCGCGCCGAAACCAUCAUGGGCAACUCCAAGGCUUCAACGAAAGGAUGCUCUGGCUCCAAAAGCCACAACGUCAGACUGAAGACGUUGACAUUCUCCCAGUCUUACGACCUGAUCUCCUCCCUUGGCAAUGUGAAUGUCAUCACUCUGAAUGACACGAUGCACAUUUCCAUGGCCUACUCGCAUCAUCUGUUGCCGCAUGCCCAACUCGAGCGCUGGUGGCCCAUCUUUUUGUCCAGUUUGCAGUUGUGCGUGAGUCGCUCUUCCCUCACUCUUGAGGAGGUGCUCGCAGCUGUUCGACGGGCUGCCUGAGCAAUUUUCAACCUGGGUUAAUCCAUAGAUGGACAAUAACACGAUAGAGAAUGCUCAAGUCAUUGUUGUUUGAUCAUUGUUUCGGCUCUUGUGUCUGAUUCGUUUUUGAAAAAUUGGAAGACAAAAUUACGCAUGCUAUCUUGCAGCUUGG